AAUAAUAAUUUAAUCACAUGAUUGAAACUCAAAUUCCUACCACCUUGACCUCAUUAUUUGAUCACCAACAAACAUCAUCAUCGUCAUUUUUGAGAUUUCUACGUUGUGUUAUGUGUGUGAUCGUGAUCGCGAAUUCAAAUAUCGGAUCCGAUAUUUGGGUCAAGACUGAAGAGCAAUUGAUUCGGAGGAUCCACCGAAAGAGGAGGAAUUAAGUAGGACAUGGAAGGAGAUGUUGGAUUGGAUCUUUGAAGCUUCUGCCCUCCCUCCUCAGACUCUCUAAUCUCAUCCCACAUUCUCAUUAAACAUGGAUCCAAUUUUCAUGCAAAUCACCAUGUUUCUACACUGAAUUCAAUGAAGCUCAGCUCAGCCCAGAUCAUCGUCGUCUUCUUCAAUUUCGAUCCGAACCCACGACUUGAAUUCUCAACUAACUAAUCACAAAAUCAUCCUGAUGAGCAACUUUGAUCGAAACAAGCAGCCAGUGAAGCUAGACGACGAGCAAAUCGCGGACCUGCGUGAAAUAUUCCGGUCGUUUGAUCGAAACAACGACGGAAGCCUAACACAGCUGGAGCUGGGGUCGCUUCUGCGCUCACUGGGGCUGAAGCCAGGGCCUGAUCAGCUGGAUACCUUGAUCCAGAAGGCAGACACCAACAGCAAUGGCCUUGUGGAGUUUUCGGAGUUCGUAGCUCUCGUAGCCCCUGAGCUUCUGUCGGCCAAGUCUCCUUACACGGAGGACCAGCUGAGGCAGCUGUUUCGGAUGUUUGACCGGGACGGCAACGGAUUCAUCACAGCUGCUGAGCUGGCUCACUCCAUGGCUAAACUUGGACAUGCUCUUACGGCUGAGGAGUUGACUGGGAUGAUCAAGGAGGCUGAUACUGAUGGGGAUGGCAGGAUCGAUUUCCAGGAGUUUGCUCAUGCCAUUACUUCUGCUGCUUUUGAUAAUUCUUGGUCUUAGACAAUUCCCAGCUAGUUAAUUCAUUUCCGAAAUUCCAUCCAUCCAUCCAUCCAUCCAUCGGUUUUCUUUGUUUUCAGGUAUAGUUUGAUUAAUUUCUCUGUUUCUGCAUACUCAGAUGUUUGUUUUUUUGGUGCA